GUCAAGCGCCGCGAGAAUCUCCUGUUCGUACAUUGUUCCCCCGCUCCGUCAUGGCCAAGAAACCGGUAUUUACCGGGGGCAAGCGCCCCCCUGUCAGCCCUACGGCGCGUAAACGGCCUCUCAAGCGUCCGGAGGCGCCGAACACGUUGAAGCGCAAGGCCGACGCGAGUGGGAACCCCAGACUGGCGAAAGCACGACGAACACACAAGCAUGGAAUCAGCAACCCUGCUCGUGCACAUCCUAUCACAGCGGACUCUGAAGGUCCUACCCUACAGGAGUGGCGCGGGAUGUCGAUCAAUAACAAGCUGAUCAUCACAGACGACGACAAGAAUAAAAACGAAUUCAUUAGAGGGCAAUUUGUGCAGAUCCUACCCAGCGACGUAGACCCGGACGACAUCGCUGAGCUAGAGGAUUCGGACUUCUGGGUUGGCUGCAUACGGGAUAUCAGGCAUAAGAAAGUGGAGGGAAAAGAUGCAGAGGUAUGGGUGCAGGUGCAAUGGUUGUAUUCCCCGGACGAUGUGUUGGCCCUACGCGCCAACGAGAUCAAAGUCAAACCAAAGGAACCCUACCGCAAUGUGUCCAGAUUUUCCCCCUAUGAGCGAUUUUGGUCCACGCACAAGGAUAUCUUAUCUUCAGCAUGUUUGAACGAUGUCGUACGUGUGGACAACUUUUCCGAGGCCGACAUCGACGCGCCACCAAUCCCCCCAGAAACCUUCUUCAUCCGUUACGACCUCGAUACCCAGACUGGCAACUUCAAGCCUACCCCCAAGAACAAAGCCGCUCACAACUGCGCCUGCGACACCCCAUACAACACCGGCGACCCUCACGAACGCCUCCGCUUCUGUCCCCGCCCUGCCUGCCGUCGCGCUUUCCACGAAUCCUGCCUCGACCCCUACCCCACCGCCGGCAUCACCGACCUUCACGCGCUCUUCCUCUCCUCACACCCGCAUAAGAAUCACCCGGUCGACCUGCGCGGCGAGCCGCGGGAUAUGCGCCCACUAAGUGGGCUGGGGAAGGGGAAAGGUAAAGGGAAGGGCAGGGCGAUGUACGAUGCAGUCGGUGCAGAGACGCAAGAGGUCGCGGAGCUACUACCGGAGAGGUUGUUGGCGCUAGCAGGGCGCCCAAUUGUGCGCGGGGGUGGGAGGGGCGGAGGCGUGGCGGGGAAUGUGUACGCGGUGUGCCGCGCGCGGUUAAAGGUGUACGAGAUCGCGUUCAAUGGGCUGCCCGAUGACAGCUGGGAGGAUGAGUUUGAGGACGCGUUGGAUGAGCUGGAUGAGGAGGGAGACGAAGAGCUGACUGUCUAUCAGUGUCCUCGAUGUGUGGGACCGAUCUAA